CCAGAGUCUCGCUAAGUACUACCGCAACGGUACACCUUCGCUUCGCGAUCGCAGGCGCAUUUUUAUUUGCUUGGCGCGGAGCUUGUUCACGCUUACCUACGGUCGAUGUUCAAGUGCACUUAGUUCUUUUGUUGUUUUGGUACUAUUGGUACUAUCUUUUUGAGAGGAAAAAUGUUGAAACUUCUCCUUAUCCCCCUCAUCCUGCAAGCAGCUCUAGUCAGCAGCCAAUCCCGUCAAAACAAUGACCAAUCAAGAGGCGCUCCAGGUCUACGACCAAUCCUAAUGUUCAUAGAACGACUUCUGGACACACAAGCUUCCAACCAACAACCUCGAGCACUCAAGCCACAACUACAGGGCCAAACACAGUCCCAACAACCUCAACAGUCUCAAUCUCAACAGCCGCAACAGCCUGCACCACAAGCCACGCCACAGACUGUUCAACAGACUGUUCAACCUCCGACGCAACAGCCUAUUCAGUUGAUUUAUCAAGGGGUUCCUCCGUUGUUUCAACCGACGAUUCUGCCACAGUUUCCGUUUCAACAGUUGCAGUUGCCUCUGCAGAUUACGGGACAGUCUGGAGUACAACAACAGUCUGGUCAAGGUCAACAGUCUGGUCAACAACAGCAGGUGGUCCAGGUACAACCCAGCCCCCAGCAAGUUCAACAGCAGCAAUAUGUCCGUCUCUUGGACCCUAACCAACAGCAACAACGGCCCAGGAAUUUAACAGUACCAUUGCCACAGGUGCGCUUCCCUUCCCAAUACCAACACCCCGCUCUGAACCAACUGCAGUUGGUGCGGCAGCCCCAACUGCAGCAAUCCGAGCCUGUCCAACCCAUUUUGCAGCCCGCACAGCCGCCACCACCCAAUGUCUACCAGCAUCUGUUUGGAAGGCAACAGCUGUUCUUCCAGGACCCGAAUCAACCAGGAGGGUUCCCUGGGCAGUACGGAUACAACUAUAUUCAUGAUAAGCAGAGGCAGCCGGGGGUAUAUGGCAGAGUACCUCAAUUCUUCGUCUACCGCCCAGAUCAACCAAUCCUGAUCAACCCUGGACAAGUCCCCGGAAAUUUUCUGCCUCCUACCGGACCAGGGGUUCUUGGUGGUCCCGGAUUGACCCCUGGAGUUGGGGGCAGGAAUCCAUUCUUCGUAGGAGGUGGAGGUCAGCCAGCUAGACCUAACUUUGUACCUCCUGUGGAGAAAGACGCCGAGGAGAUACCGACUGAUCCAAGCAAAAUACCGCCAUUUAACGGAGGAAAAGGCAGCGGACAAACUGGCGUGAAACCUGAGAAAUUGGAAACAUUGGAUGAAGGUAAGCCUGAGUUUACCACAAAAUCCGUCGGCGAUCCAGACGUCAAUCAUCAACAGUACCCGAGCUACGGACCUAAACCAGGUCACAAAUUCUUUUUCGUCCUGAACGGCCAAACUCUGUUGCCUCACUCGGCCUUUGAAAAGUACAAUGGCUACUCUUUAGCAGAUGAGCAACACGGAAGUCCGAACAAGGAGGAGUUGCAUAGCAAUAUUCCCGAGGAGUACAGAGAUAUUCCGCAGAAAGACGAACAGCAUCAUGAAGUACCUGCUCAUCAUGAGAAAGGAGAACUGCAAAACAACAUCCCUCACGACUACGCCCAACAUCACGAGAACGGCUUCAGAGACUCAAAGUACUAUUCCGACGACCCUCAAAACUUCUUCGGAGCAGAGCACGGCCUAUUCUUCAGAAACAGCGGCUCAGCUGAUCAAGGACACCAUCAACCUGAGCAGUUCAGGUAUUCGCCGGUAUAUGGCGUCGAUCAUGAUCAAGGUCAACACCAGUCAGAGCAGUUCAGAUAUUCGCCGCCCGAGGACAUUGCAGGUCAAGGUCAAGGUAAAGGUCGUCAGGAAUCUGGACAGUUUAGGUACUCUCCACCAAGCGAUCCGUACCUUCCGUUUGGGGAUGAGACUGAGAACGAUUCUGUAGUUGUGGAUGCCAACUUGGACGAUAGGAAUACGAGAGGGAGCGGUGAAUCAAAGAAACAGGAAUCUCAUAGCGCCACUUCUCAAAAAGAAGAUGCCGACCCCACAGGAGACCCCAGCACAGCGCAAGCUGCCCCUGGCGCAGUGGCAAUCGCAGGCCCCGGCGGCGUAGCAGGGGCUUCCCCUAAAGCCACGGCUCUGGCAGGGAAAAGGGGCCUCGCAGUCUCGAGCCCACACGCAACGGCCGUUGCGGGUACCGAGGGUACUAAACAUGGAAGGAGGAGAACCAAACCAAGCAAGAGUGAUAACAAGUGAAUGUGAUAUGAGUGAUGGCGUAAUGUGAGACUUGACAGAUUAUAUUUAUUUCGGAUAGAGUUAUGGUGUAUAUGUGGAUCCAUUUCAUCAAGAAUGUAUGAUUAUGACGAUUUAUUAACGUACGCUACCUGAAGAUAUCCAAGCAUAUAUGCUGUUGAGCGACAUCCAAAAAGGGAUUUGAAAGAUCGUAGCGCCAUCUAUGAGACGAGAGCAGAAAAAUAAACUUAAGAAUGUAUUUUGGAAGAUUGUUUGAUUCUGCUAUCGCCUCAUAGAUGGCGCUAGGAUCUUCAAUCAUUUUUCAACGCUUUUCUAAUGUUUAUUUUAAUAGGGUAUCUUCAGUUGGAAUAUGAUCAAUGACUUACCUGUGCUACCAAGGAGGUAAGAAUUAGUACUGCUGUUAAACAUUAAGUUAUUACACAUUUUUAUGUAAUUACUUAGUUAAUCGCACCUCCAUGAGAUAUUUUGUUACAAUCGCGCAUAAUUGUUUCGUCUUUUAUGCAUAAUUUGUACGUAUUACAUCUGCCAGUAUAAAGUUGUCAAUUACACAAAUAAAACUCAUGUAAAUUUGUAAAGUUAUCUGCACUAGUUAUCAUUAACAGCUACGUCAACUGAUGUGUGGUUUAUAGUUUGUAUUAAUGGAUUUGUAAUUCUGUUCGGUCAUUCGUAGUGAAAUAAAUCUAUUUUUACAACACCUAUAA